CGUCUUCGUCUCUUCUACAAACGCUUCCUUCUCCUCGGAACAUCCUCCCGUGAUCCUCUCAAGUAUGCAAUUCACCGUUGGUGCCCUCUUCACCCUUGCUGUUGCCGGCGCUGCCCUUGCUGCCCCCGCUGAGCACGUGGACGCGAAGCGUCAAUCUGGCUUCUGCCCCGAAGCCUCGCGCUUCGGCAACUUCAACCUUACCCCUACCCAGGUCAAGUCUGGCGAUACCAUCACCGGCACCCUCAACCUGACCUGCGCCCAGCAGUACAACAUCGUGCCCAAGUACAUCGACUACUACAUCGAAGUCCCCCAGAACAACAACGGCUACGAGCCGAACAUCCUCCUGGCUCACCACGAGCCCGCUGCCGGUGCCAUCAUCGACUCGUUCACCACUCAGGUCCCCUAUGCCGGGUACUUCAACGCGAGCUAUGAUGUUGCGGUCCAGCUGACGUACGCUGUCGACGGCUCGCAGGAGGGCACGUCGUACUACGUGACUGGCGGUGUCUACGCCCCUAUCAGCAUUACUCCCACCGUUACAAACUAAUGCUCGAGAGUUACGGAGGCUUGAUGAUGGUGAUUGCAUAUCACACUACCUUUUACUUUUUUCCGCGGACUCUGGGACUUUGAUGGACUCGUAUACAUACAUACUGCACUUUCUACCUCAGUAUCGACUAAUGAUAAGAGAUAUUCUGGUUUGA